UCUGCGCGUGCGCUCGCCCCUGCCAUCCGGUUUUGAGACCCCGUGCCCUAACUGCUUCCGCUGUGCUCAGGCCUCUGGUCUUGGUCAGCCUUCUAUCUCCGUGCUGUCGUGUUACCAGCUUUCUGCCCGCUUUGGGCGAAAACCCCAAAUCUUUCUUCAGAGCCCCACUGAGGAUGGACCCCGCCCUGGGCGUCAUGGAGCUGCACAGAGAUGCAAAGGCCAGGACUCCCGAGCAAGAACCGCCGUGGCAAGCCCUCCCGGUUCUGUCAGAGCAGCAGUCUGGGGCCGUGGAGCUGGUGCUGGCCUAUGCUGCGCCCGUCCUGGACAAGAGCCAGACCUCACGCCUCCUCAAGGAGGUGUCAGCAGUCCACCCACUGCCUGCGCAGCCUCACCUCAAGAGGGUGCGGCCUAGCCCUGACCCGGGCCGCCCGCACUCGCUGGAAAUGCUGCUGUGCCUGGCGGGCCCGGCCCGGGGCUCUCAAUCGCUGGCCGAGCUCCUCCCGCAGCCGGAUGUGGACACCCGUGGCCUGGGGCAGCCCUUCCUGGUACCUGUGCCUGUGCGACCGCCCCUGACCAGGAGCCAGUUCGAGGAGGCGCGCACUCACUGGCCCACGACUUUUCAUGAAGACAGGCAGGUGACCCGAGCCCUGGCUGGAUGCCUCUUCUCGGCCCAGGAGCGGGAUGCGAUGCAGGCCCACAUGGAGCGGGCCGUGUGGGCCGCGCAGCAGGCAGCCUCAAGGGGCUUGAGGGCCGUGGGCGCGGUGGUGGUGGAUCCGGCCUCAGGCCGCGUGCUGGCCACGGGCCACGACUGUAGCAGCACCGGCAGCCCCCUGCUGCAUGCUGCCAUGGUGUGCAUUGACCUGGUGGCGCGAGGCCAGGGCUGCGGUGCCUACAACCUGGCGCCCCACCCUGCCUGCUCCUUCGCGCCAGCCGUCCGUGCUGGCUCUGUGCGCAAGCUGGACGAGGACGAGGAUGGGCUGCCCUAUGUGUGCACCGGCUACGACCUGUACAUCACCCGCGAGCCCUGCACCAUGUGUGCCAUGGCCCUGGUCCACUCUCGGGUGCGGCGUGUCUUUUAUGGGGCGCCCUCGCCUGACGGCGCACUUGGCACCCGCUUCCGCCUGCACGCCCGGCCUGACCUCAACCACCGCUUCCAGGCCUUCCGCGGCAUCCUGGAGGCCCAGUGCCGCCAACUGGACCCCGAUGGGCUGGACUCCAAGGCAUAGGCGCUAGCCCGGACCCUCCUUGGCUUUCCUCACAUCGCCAGGGGCUUUUGCUCUGUCUCAGCUCAUGGACACUCAUGCU